AAUACCAAUGUUGUUGAUUAAUCCAACGCCUAGUCCACGACAAGCCAUUGCUUAGCGUCUGCUGACUGACCCCAUUCGCGUGGGCUGUGCUCCAACAUCUUAAGUCACCCGGCUUUAUUUAGUCCUGGAGGUAUCCCGCCGCCUCCUCCAAUGGAAGGCUACCCUCGCCCGGACUUCCAGCGGUCCGACUUACACUGGGAGAGCCUCAACGGACCGUGGGAUUUCGUCUUCGACGACAAAGACGUAGGUCUCCAUGACGGCUGGCAGCAAAGCGGCAUCUCUCGCAAAUCCGACAAGCGCACAAUCCACGUCCCCUACGUCUUCCAAUGUUCCGCUUCCGGCAUCCACGAGCGAGGCGUGCACGAAGUGCUCUGGUAUGAACGUCAGAUUCAAGACUUGCGAAGCGCCGCGCAAAGACAGCGAGGUGAUCGCCUUCUCGUCCGUUUUGGAGCCGCAGACUAUGAAGCCAAGAUCUGGCUCGACGGGCAGUACGUGGGCGAGCACCAAGGCGGCCAUGUCCCGUUCGAUAUCGACCUCACGGAAGCCGUGGCGUUCAGCGGGUCGACCAAGUCGCAUAGGCUUACCGUCCGCGUCUUUGACUCCGCAUCUGACCUAAGUCAGCCCCGGGGCAAGCAGUUCUGGGGCCCCCAGUCCGAAAGUAUCUUCUACACACCUUCAAGCGGCAUCUGGCAGAGCGUCUGGCUGGAAAGUGUGCCGCGCCUGCGCAUCGCAGAUAGCAGCCACGGCACUACGAUUCUCUCCCACAACGUCGACCUCGGCGCCAUCGACGCGAGAAUAGCAGUUCAAGGGCGACGCACACAGGUCAAGUGCAUGAUCGAGCUCGAAAUCCGUCUAGCAGGUAUCCUCGUCAGCCGCUCCGACCGCAGAGAAGUGCCGAGAGAUGAAGCGUUCGUGCAAUUCAACCACAAUAUGCGCCUCAGCCCCGAACCACCCGACCUGCCUCCUCUCGAACUCACGCGCGAAACUGCGCUCCUCGGCGACCGGACAUUUUGGCGUAACGGCAUCGCGCUCUGGUCGCCAGAACAUCCGACGCUGUAUGAUCUGACCAUUCGCCUUUUCGAUUCUGACAACACACUUCUUGACAUUGUCCAUACGACAACCGGCAUGCGCUCUCUCACCUGGAAUCGCGGGGACGGAACAUUCCGUCUCAACAACCGUCCCUACUUCCAAGCUCUACUCUUAGAUCAAGGCUACUGGCCUGACACGCUUAUGACGCCGCCCUCCCAAGACGCGCUGAAACAGGACAUUCUCCUCCAGAAGUCGCUGGGUUUCAACGGCUGCCGUAAACACCAGAAAGUCGAGGACCCGGCCUUCCUUUACUGGGCGGACAAGCUGGGUUUCCUCGUUUGGGGCGAGAUGGCGUCGUGUCAUAACUUUAGCGUGACGGGGUGUGAGCGGUUCGAGAAGGAGUGGCUGGAGAGCGUGAAGAGGGAUAUCAAUCACCCUUCUCUUGUCUGUUGGACGCCUGUUAAUGAAAGCUGGGGUUAUGGAGAGCUGGAGAAGAAUGCGAGGCAGAGAGAUCAUCUGAGGAGUCUGUACUAUCAAACAAGAUUCCUCGACCCGAGUAGGCCCGUCAAUGAUAACUGUGGGUGGGAACACGUGGUCACGGAUCUAUCUACUUUCCACGACUAUGCGGAUGCGAAGGGGAUGGCAGAGCGGUGUACAGAUCUUCAGUCGAUCUUCGCUCGCGGGAGAGGGAUGUUCUUACCUCCCCUUCAUGGUCCGUCACCCGGGAAGGAAGACCCGGGCAGUCGGCAUGUAAAGGGAGCGCCGGUGAUGUGUACGGAGUUCGGCGGGGUAAAUGUUGAUGUUGCGGGCCGGAACGAUGAGGGGAGGAAGGGCAAUUGGGGCUAUAGUACUGCGACGGAUGGGAAGGAUCUGCUGGGCAGAUUUGAGGAGCUGAUGAUGGCGGUGGUGAGGGAGGGAGAUGUUUGUGGGGUUGUGUGGACGCAAUUCGCUGAUGUGGAGCAAGAGGCUAAUGGGCUUGUUACUGCGGAGCGCGUGCCGAAGAUGGAAGUCGAGGCUUGUCGGAUGGUGGUGGAGAAGGUGAAAGGGAGGUAUUUUGGGAGGUUGAGGGCUUUUGGAUGAGGUUUUGAUCCCCAAGCUGCCGUUUGUGUACGACCUAUCUACAGGACUCUUCGCUGUUUGUUGCUGUACGCCGGACCUGCUGGAGGAAGAUCGAGGCCGUUUGUGGAGGGACGAACGCAUGGCAUCGGAAUUUAUCAUGCGCUGCUCUCGCUCCCAUCCGGGAAGUUUCG